UUCGUUGAUUAACACAAUCAUUAAAGCUGUCCCAUGUUUCCACGCGACUAACUGGGGCGACUAAAAUUUUAGAUAAAAAAAUAGUUUGUAAAAUGAGGAGAGACUGAGUGGGAAGAGAAAAAAAGUAAGGAAAAUAUUUAUGUUUUUACAUAAUUUAUUUUUUUUUUUGUUUUUGAUAAAAAUUGAAUGAUGUUUUUGUUGAUUUUUUUUAAUUUUAUUAAACGUUUGGAUUCAUUAUUUAAUUUUUAUUUUUUUAAUUAAAAAAUUUAUUUUUUCAGAAAAAUUUUUUAAAAAAUUUAAAAUGAGUCAAGAUUUCAGUACCGACAAUAAUAAUAUACAACAACAAAAACCUGAAGAUGAUUCAACUGUUCAAUCAUCUAGUAGUAAUAAUUUAGAACCGAAUGAUGAGAAUUCACCGGGGGACAAUAAUAAUGAAAGUACAUCAAAUCAUGUAGAGCAAGAAGAGAAUAGGCAAAAAGAAGAUCAAAAUUCAAGAUUUGAAUGUAACAUUUGUUUGGAAAUGGCUAAAGAUGCGGUUGUCUCAAUGUGUGGACAUUUAUUUUGCUGGCCAUGUCUUCACCAGUGGUUAGAUACUCGACCAAAUCGACAGCUUUGCCCCGUUUGUAAAUCUGCAAUUAGUAAAGAACGGGUAAUUCCACUUUAUGGACGAGGAGGUGGUGACACCGAUCCACGCACAAAAGUUCCACCACGUCCACAAGGGCAACGAACAGAAGAAACUCCUCAGUCUUUUCCUGGAAUGUUUCAAUGGGGAGGAGAUAAUGGCCAUGGAGGUGUUCAAUUUUCUUUGGGAAUAGGCGUCUUUCCUAUCUCCUUUUUUGCAUCCUUUUUUAAUACCGGAGGUGUUGAUAGACGAAAUGAAGCUAAUCGUCAGUUUAUUUUUUAUUUAUUUAAAUUAGGGUUGUUCACGGGCGGUUAA